AAUUAUGCAAGAAUGGAGUAUCAGAUGAAGUGAUUGAUGCAACAAAAGAUCAUCAUAUAACUGAAGAAUUAAACCGGCUUCAAAAAAUAAGACAAAAAAUACUCACACAUCAAAAACUAGACUCUCCUAACUAUUUUAUGUCUGAAGCUAUACUUAAAAGGCUCCAAGGAUACAGUAUAUCUUAUUGUCCUACUGAGCAAGCCCUUGUUAAUAUAAUUACAAUACUCUGUAUACAUUCUGCUGAAGUUAUGACUCUUUAUAUUGCUAAUAGACACAUGACAGGAUAUGCUAAAGGUUGUAGAAUAAUUCAAAAAGUAAUUGCAAAUAGCACUUUGUGGGAUCCCAGAAUACUAGAUAUAAAGUGGUUUAAUUUAUUUCUAAAGCCUUAUGGUAUUAAGCUAAGUGAUUUGCAUGAAUUGGAUGCAAACUAUACUGCUAUGAUACAUGAAUCUGAAAAUUCUGGUCAAAGAUUUAUUAUUAUGCGAGAAGCUUUAAGACAUAAUCCAAGAUAUGUAUCACUAGUAGAGUAUUAUUCUCGUGUACCUUAUAGAGCUAUUAGAU